AUGUUUUUCUUUUAAUUUUGAACUUAUUUUGAGUUUUUUUUAAACAUACAUACUUAAACAUAACCCUUUUUGAAAUUAGGUUUUUUUUUUCUUUUAGAUCUCAUUUGCAUCAUCUAAAAGAACAGAAAGAGUUCCCUAAAGAAAGUUUUUUUUAGUUUUUAAAUAUCUCUCCAAGUAACGAUUUUAAACCCAAAAAUCAAAAAUGUUAAGAAUAGCGGUACGCAUGCGUGCCUUUAUAUGACGCCCAGCAUAACCAUACCUUUUUUUGUUUUGAUUUUGUUACGUCUACAAUGCAUGUGGAGAACAGAAAAAGUAACUUACAGCAUUAUGGCCGUCGCGUACUUCCGCGGUGCGGCGUAGCGCUUUUUCGCUCACAAUCUUGCAUUGUCAAGACUCAAGAGCAUUCAACCAUUGUAUAUUAUUCAACCCCCCUAUUGUUUAUUGAAUGCAGCCAUCAUUCAAUUUUAUGACAUGUUCUUUUUUUGUUGACUCUAUUCUUUGGUUAACCUGCAAAUUUUUAACCUUGCAUUGUUUUUAAAACACGGAAAAGAAAACCAAGCAUAAUUUUAAUUUCUACGAGUCCAUAAUAAAGGAAAUGCCAGAAGAAACAGAGGUUGAACAAUUAGAAAAAGAGAUUGAAGUGCUGAAACAAGAAUUGAAACAAAAAGAGGCACGACUACAGUUACUAAAAAGUGUUAAAAAGCAAAUCGUUAAGCAUUAUAGCAACCAUUUUACAACAGAUGAAAUAACUAGGUAUAGUCGUCAAAUGCUUGUACCUGCAAUUGGGGUUGCAGGUCAAAAUGCCUUAAAACAAAGCAACGUGUUGAUUGUAGGGGCGGGUGGUUUGGGAUGCCCAGCAGCUUUGUAUUUAGUGGCGGCAGGCGUGGGUCACCUUACAAUAGUUGAUAAUGAUGAAGUUGAAUUGACAAAUUUACACAGACAAAUUUUGCAUACUGAAGCUGAUGUUGGAGUACCGAAGGUUGAGUCUGCACUGGGAAAAUUAUCAAACAUUAAUAGCAACGUAAAGGUUAACCCGUUGCAUCUGCAUGUAAACUCUGAAUCUUUAAUGGGAUUACUGACCAAGGAAAACUUUGAUGUUGUUAUAGAUUGUACAGAUAAUGUUCCAACACGUUACUUGCUAAAUGACGCCUGCGUUUUAAAAAAAAUUCCUCUGGUAUCCGGGAGCGCAUUACAGCUGGAGGGGCAACUAACUGUAUACAACUACAAAAAUGGACCAUGCUAUCGGUGUUUAUUCCCAGUCCCUCCUGCACCAGAUUCUGUGACUAGUUGUGGAGAUGGAGGUGUUGUGGGCAUUGUUCCAGGUGUUAUAGGGUCCUUACAAGCAUUAGAAACAGUUAAAAUAAUUGCUGAUACAUCAGGAGUUCUAAAUGGGCGUUUAUUACUAUUUGAUGGUUCCAAUACUACAUUCCGUAAUGUUAAACUACGAAAUAAAAAUUUGGAUUGUCAAGUUUGUGGGUCUCAUCCGAGCAUUACAAAACUGAUUGAUUAUGAACAGUUUUGUGGUACACGGGCGCACGAUAAGGUGAUAAAUAUUGAGAUUCUGAGCAAUAGUGAAUGCAUGAAUGUUAUUCAAUUCAGUAAAGUAUAUGAACAAGCCCCUAUUGUGAUUGAUGUACGACCAUCUGUGGAGUAUGAAAUGUGCCAUUUGACUAAUUCCAUUAACAUACCAUAUCAGGAUAUUGAAAAAGAUGAACAUCUUGAUUUUUUAAAAGAGUUACUUGCUAUACAUAGUGGUGAAAAGGAUGUAUACGUUCUCUGCAGGCGAGGGAAUGAUUCACAACGAGCAGUCGUCAAAUUGAGGGAUCAGUUCAGGGAUAGUAACUUUACUUUUUUGAACAUUACAGGAGGCCUACAUUCGUUUGCAAAGCAAGUGGACCCAGCAUUUCCAAUAUAUUGAUUAGUUCUAAUAAAAUUGUAACUAUGUUGAA